GGCUGAGGCGGGGUUUUAGGGCUGGCCGGGCCGGCAAUGGCGGCGCUGGGCGGGCCCGUGGCGCCGGGCUUUGACUGCAGGUUUACACACUAAAAGUAGCCGUUCCCUUGAAACAUCGGGGGGUGUUCGGUAGCGCUUGUUCCCGGGGGGAGUGACCCUGCGCCUGGUUUUCCCUUACACCAGGUACCGGGCGUUGUUGGGUCGGGCAGGACGGCUCGGCAGCGGGAAUGUGCUUGAUUAUUGCCACCAUGUUCUCACAGUGCUCACAGGACCUGUUAAAGAUUGCAAAUCUUCAUCUCCGGAGUCUGAAUAUAAAUCUACAUUUACAAAACCACCGAAGGGCUUUCAGCAAGUCACUGCCUGCAUGUCGAAGGAAAGUAGUUGUUACAGGUAUUGGCCUAGUGUCCCCUCUUGGUGUGGGGGCUCAGUUUGUGUGGAAGCACCUUCUGGAAGGAGGCAGUGGGAUUACAUCACUAGAUGGGAAAGAAUAUGCAGGCAUCCCAUGCAGAGUGGCUGCGUGUGUGCCGAGGGGAAGCAAGGAGGGUGAGUUCAGAGAAGAAAGCUUUGUGUCGAAGUCAGAGAUCAAAUCCAUGAGUUCUGCCACUGUGAUGGCCAUCGGCGCGGCAGAGCUCGCCAUGAAGGACUCUGGCUGGUAUCCCCAGAAUGAACUGGACCACUUAACUGCCGGUGUGGCAAUUGGGAUGGGCAUGGUUCCACUGGAAGAAAUCUCUGACACAGCUGACUUAUUUAAAACAAAGGGUUACAGUAAGGUCAGCCCGUUUUUUGUGCCAAAGAUUUUGGUCAAUAUGGCGGCAGGCCAUAUCAGCAUUAAAUACCAACUGAAAGGGCCGAACCACGCUGUGUCGACGGCUUGUACCACAGGCGCACAUGCAGUUGGAGACUCCUCUAGAUUCAUUGCUGCAGGUGAUGCUGAUGUCAUGUUGGCUGGAGGGACUGAGGCUUGCAUUAGUCCUUUGUCUUUGGCUGGAUUCGCAAGAGCCCGGGCCCUCAGCACGAGUUUUAACUCAAACCCUAAAGCAGCGUGUCGACCCUUCGAUUCGCAGAGGGAGGGAUUUGUGAUGGGAGAGGGUGCUGCUGUGCUGGUCUUGGAAGAGUAUGGACAUGCCGUACAAAGAGGUGCUAGGAUCUAUGCAGAAGUUUUGGGUUAUGGACUGUCCGGUGAUGCUUGCCACAUAACAGCACCUGAUCCCGAGGGAGAUGGUGCAUUCAGGUGCAUGUCUGCAGCAAUAAAAGAUUCUGGGAUCCUACCUGAAGCUGUAACAUAUGUCAAUGCACAUGCAACUUCAACACCUCUAGGAGAUGCUGCUGAGAAUCAAGCAAUCAAGAGACUUUUUAAAGACCACUCACGUAAUAUUGCAGUUUCCUCAACAAAAGGAGCAACAGGACAUCUCCUGGGAGCUGCAGGAGCUAUUGAAGCAGCUUUUACUGCACUGGCCUGCUACCAUGGGAUUUUGCCACCUACUCUAAACUUACACAAAACAGAGGCAGAAUUUGAUCUCAAUUAUGUCCCGUUGAUAGCUCAGGAGUGGAAAACUGACAAACGGCGUAUAGCGAUCACAAAUUCAUUUGGCUUCGGUGGCACUAAUGCAACUUUAUGCUUUGCAAGUGUUUAACUUCUGCUGUGAAUAGUGUGAAAAAAUGGCACCAAUGAUGAUUUUCUGCACUGCUAUCUCUGGUGUGUUCUGUAAUCUUUUCUCAGCUUUGAGAGUUGCUCAUUUGAUACAAAAGAGCUUUAUUCACCCUAACAUUUACACCAGUAAUUCUUUUAGAAA